AUGGUCUCCACAGUCACACGGGCCGGCCCCACUAUUCCCCGCACCCACAAGGCCAUCAUCUACACCAACCCCCAGUCCCUGGACACGGCCGUCGUCGAUGUCGACACGCCCCAACCCCGCGCCGGCGAAUGCCUGAUCCGCCUGACGCAUUCGGGCGUCUGCCACUCCGACCUGGCCUUCAUCACCAACGGCUAUGCCCACAUGCCCGAACCAACGCCCAGUGGCCAAAUCGGUGGCCACGAGGGCAUAGGCAUUGUCGUGAGUCUAGGCCCUUACGUAGAUGCUGUCGCUGUCGGCGACCGUGUCGGUGUCAAGUGGAUCGCUUCCGCCUGCCUCACGUGCUCAGCCUGUACCCAGGGUUUCGACGGCCGUUGUGCCAAGCGCAAGGUCGCGGGCUUCAAGGACCCGGGCACGUUUCAACAGUACAUCAUCAGCGACCCCAGAUACGUGACCCCUAUCCCCGAUAGCAUCGACUCGGCAGAUGCUGCUCCGCUGCUCUGCGGUGGCCUGACCGUCUACUCAGCACUCCUCAAAGCCGACUGCUCGCCCGGCGACUGGAUUGCCCUCUCUGGCGCCGCCGGUGGCCUAGGGCAUCUAGCAAUCCAAUACUGCAACGCUUACGGUCUGCGCGUGCUCGCCAUCGAUCAUGGUAGCAAACGUGACUUUUGUCUCGGCUUGGGUGCCCAUGUCUUCUUAGACUUCACCCAGUUCGACGAUGCUGGCCUGGCCGCAGAAGCAAAGCGCCUUACCCACGGGGGCUGUCAUGCUGUUCUGGUGUGCAAUGCCAGUUCCAGAGUUUAUGACACAGCCCUCGACUUGUUGCGGUAUGCUGGCACUCUUGUCUGUGUUGGUGUGCCGGAGCUAGAUCCGCACCCCAUUGCCAACGCAUUACCCUGGAAGCUCAUUGUCAAUCAGUACAGCAUCAAAGGUGCAGUUACCGGCAGCAGAAAGGAUUCCAUUGAUUGCCUGAGACCUGCCGCGCAGGGCCAGGUCAAGGCAGCUGUUCGCUUGGAGCCCAUGAAUAAGCUCACGGAGAUUUUUCACCAACUGCCUCGCGUCUACGAAGCCGAUGCCUCCGACGUGGACCUCGCGGUCGAUGCCGCCGAAGCUGCGUUCCCGGCGUGGUCAGACCUGGGUGGUUUCGAACGUGCUAGGUUUUUCUAUCGGCUGGCCGACGCACUUGAGCUCGCCAACUCGGACCUGGCCGCUCUGGAGGCAAUUAGCAUGGGAAGACCAGUCGGCCAAUACAGAGAAGCCAUCAACGGAGCCGCGCUACUUCGAUACUACGCCGGCAAAUGUACCGACGUGCAAGGCGAUUCCUCCCUACAGACCAGUGGAUUCGUAAACGUAGUCCUUCGCCAGCCGUUCGGUGUUUGUGCUGGAAUCACGCCAUGGAAUGCACCAAUCACCAUGAUGCUAUUCAAGAUUGCCGGCGCAUGCGUUUGCGGAAACACAAUCAUCUGCAAAUCAUCUGAAAAAGCCCCAUUGACAGCACUCUAUCUUGCAAAACUGAUCAAGCAGGCUGGAUUUCCCCCAGGCGUCAUAAACAUUCUCAGCGGCAAAGGCACACCUUGCGGCGAUGCGUUGGCAAGGCAUCCACGCAUUCGCAAAAUAUCCCUGACGGGCUCCAUCAACGCUGGCCGGGCGGUCAAAAAGGCAGCUGCUGAAUCUAAUCUUAAGAACGUUUCUCUAGAACUUGGUGGCAAAAGUCCUUUGAUCAUAUUUGAAGAUGCAGAUCUCGACAAGGCUAUUCCCGCCGCAGCGCGAUCCAUCAUCUCCAACACUGGGCAGGUGUGCAUCGCCUCGUCUCGGCUUCUUGUCCAGUCUUCCAUCUUGAAAACAUUUUCAACGCGCCUUGUGGCAGAGAUCGAGGCAACCGGUUACAACCCUGAAUCGUCACAGGGCAAUCCGCUGAGUCCUGAAACGCUGCGAGGCCCACAGGCAGACUUGAAGCAAUACGAUUCCAUUAUCGGCUUUUUGCAAGAGUCAAAGGCAGCUGGCCAUGAGGUCCUGACAGGCGGUGGACGCGACACCAGGCAUGGCAAGAAAGGAUUUUUUGUUCAACCUACUCUUAUCUUGAAUCCUGGUGAUCAGAGCCGGAUUAGCCGCGAGGAAAUCUUUGGGCCGGUGCAAGUGCUCGCAACUUUUCAAACGGAAGAAGACGCGAUCAGACGCAGCAUUGAUUCUGAGUAUGGUCUAUACGCAAGCGUUUACACACGGUAUGGGCCUUCUUUUCGUGGUCCGGACACAUUGGUGAUUUUGCAAUAA